AUGUUUUCCUCAAUGAUUGUGUGGGUCGUACUCUUUGUCUCAGCAUGGUUCUUUUUGAGGGGCCGCUUCUCAAACUCCAAGCUGCCUCCGGGGCCGCCCAGGGGACUGUCUGGAGACAAUCGAGGACAGAUACCUCUCGUUCAGCCUUACAAGACUUGGUCUCAUCUGGCGAAGACAUAUGGAAACAUAUUUUCUUUCGUUAUUGGCAGCAAGGUGGUCAUCGUGCUCAAUGAUGCCCGGACCGCAUGGGAGUUACUGGAAAAGCGAGGGGAGAUAUACUCUAGUCGACCGAGAUCCAUCGUAGGCCAAGAGAUCCUUUCUCGCAACAUGUGGGGAUUGGGCAUGGCGUACAGCGAUAAGUGGCGGAAAUGGCGAAAGCUUCAGCAUUCCUGCCUCAACGCAAAAUUUGCGACCUCAGUAGCUUUCUCGAUAAGCUACGGUAGUCGAAUCAAGAGCCUGGAUGAUCAGAUAGUCAAGGACAACAAUGAAGCUGGGAGAGCAUUUGGAACUGCUCAAAUUCCGGGAAGAUAUAUUGUCGAGUCCUGGCCUAUUCUUUUGUGGCUUCCCAAAUUCUUGCAAUGGUUCAGAUGGGAGGUCGAGAAGAGACGACUUAUAGACAUACAACUUUACCUGAGCUGCUUUCGAGACGUCAAGCGCAAGAUGGAAGAGGGCAACGCGAAGCCGUCUAUGUCAACGAAGAUGUGGGAAGAGGGGCCUUCUGAAGACAUCGGCGAAAUCGAGAUGGCGUAUCAUGUUGCAAGUCCGUUUGCCGCCGGAAUAUCUACGAUCUCUUCUACACUGGACGUUUUCCUACUCGCCAUGAUCCAUUUUCCUGAUUGUGCACGGCGUGCUCAGGCUGAGCUGGACUCGGUCGUCGGACGAUCUCGCAUGCCAACUUUCGACGACGAAUCUUCUCUUCCCUACCUGCAAGCUCUGAUCAAGGAGAUAAUGAGGUGGAGGGUUGUCGCACCCAUGGCUAUGCCUCACGCAACAACAGAAGACGACGUCUACGAAGGAUACCAUAUUCCCAAGGGGGCUACUGUGUUUGCGAAUCUAUAUAUGAUUUCUAAAGACCCUAAACUGUUUCCUGAGCCUGAAGCGUUCAAACCCGAGAGGUUUUUAGACACGACGGAACCGAGGCUUGUGAACUUCGACCUCCCUUUCGGUUUCGGCCGACGCAUUUGCCCCGCACAAUUUGUCGCAGAGAAAUCUCUGUUCAUCACCAUCUCAAGAAUGCUUUGGUCGUUUGACAUUGCUCCUGCGUUGGAUGAAGCAGGAAAUCCGCUGCUCCCUGAUCCCGAUGCGUUCAAGAGCAACUUGACCGCACGCCCUGCCCCGUUCAACUUUCGGCUCACCACUCGCAACUCCGAAGCAGGCAAGGCGGUGUUAGCAGAGGCGAUUCAGAGCGAAGAUGCGCUGAAGGAAUGGGAGUAG